UCAGGUCAGUAUUGUGUCCUUUACUUUGAAGGGCAAACCCGGAAGUCGCCUUCAAGAACGAAGCAGCUCCAACCUCAGGUGCGCGUGGUGGAGAGCGUGAAGCGGCGGCGAGCAACAGUGUCACUUCCUCCUCGUGGAAGCAGCAGCGUUGCCGGGGUCGCUGUCCGUGGAUGAUCAGCAGAGAUUAAGCAUCCGCUGCUUUCUGUUCCAGGUCGCCUCCUGACCAGCAUCUGUCCAGCGCCUGCGACAUCUGACCUGUGACCUUUCCUGGGCCCCCAAGCCCACCUCUGUUUUUCCAGUGCCACAGCAGCAUGCUGAGCCAGGAGUUCCUAGAGAAGAUGAAGUCCUUGGACCUGGAAGACGUGAGCCAGUACAUCAGGAGCAUCUCCACCCCCAUGUUGGUCAGCAUGGGAGCAGUGGCCGUUGCCACCACCUACUACCUGACUACGCGACCCAAAGCCCUCCCACCGCUCUGGGACCUGCACACGCAGUCAGUCGAGGUUCCGGGCAGUGAUUUUGUGCACCGCUCAGCGCUACAGAAAGAGGACGGUUACCUGACUCACGUCUAUGAAGACGCCAGAACUAUGUACGAGUCCUUCAUCAGAGGAGCAAGAGUCUCCAAUAAUGGUCCCUGUUUGGGCUUCAGGAAACCAAAACAGCCGUACGAGUGGAUGUCUUACAAAGAGGUAAUGAAGCGAGCAGAAAAUCUGGGUUCUGCAUUUCUUCACAAAGGACAUUCAAAAACCACCAACCCCCACAUUGGUAUUUUCUCUCAGAACAGACCAGAGUGGACCAUCAGUGAGCUGGCGUGCUACACCUACUCCCUGGUGUCCGUCCCUCUUUAUGACACGCUGGGAACAGAGGCCAUUUCCUACAUCAUAGACAAAGCUUCCAUCUCUACCAUCGUGUGUGACGUGACGGACAAAGCCAGCUUGGUGCUGGACUGCCUUACAGACAUGAAGCACUCAGUGAAGACCAUCGUUCUGAUGGAGACCCCCAGCGCCAGCCUGGUGGAGAGGGCCCAGCAGGCCGGAGUCCACAUCCUGAGCCUGCAGGAGACCGAGGCUCUCGGUCAGGCCAACUACAAGCAGCCGAUUCCCCCUCAGCCUGAUGACAUGGCAGUCAUCUGCUUCACCAGUGGAACCACAGGAAGCCCGAAAGGAGCGAUGUUAACACAUGGCAACAUUGUGUCCAACUACUCUUCCUUCAUCAAACUAACACAGCUGCGCUGUCCGCUGAAUUCCAGCGACGUCCAUAUUUCCUACCUCCCCUUGGCUCAUAUGUUUGAGAGGAUAGUCCAGGGGGUCAUGCUGGUGCACGGAGCCAGAAUCGGCUUUUUCCAGGGAGACGUCCGCCGGUUAUCGGAUGAUCUGAUUGCACUGAGGCCUACGGUGUUCCCAGUCGUACCCAGACUUCUCAACAGAAUGUAUGAUAAGAUCUUUGGGCAGGCCAACACCUCUUUGAAGCGCUGGCUGCUGGACUUGGCGUACAGGAGGAAGCAGGCAGAGGUCAUGAAAGGCAUCGUGCGGACAGACAGCAUCUGGGAUCGACUCAUCUUCAGGAAGGUCCAGGCCAGCCUCGGAGGCCGCGUGCGUCUCAUGGUGACAGGAGCGGCCCCUAUCUCCCCUACAGUCCUCUGCUUCCUGAGAGUUGCCAUCGGCUGUCAGUUCUACGAAGGCUACGGGCAGACGGAGUGCACCGCCGGAUGCACGAUGACCCUUCCCGGCGACUGUAGUGCAGCAGGUCACGUCGGACCUCCUCUGCCCUGCAACGCCAUCAAACUGGUGGAUGUCGCUGAGAUGAACUACCUGGCCGUAAACGGGGAAGGGGAGGUGUGUGUGAAGGGUCCAAACGUCUUCCAGGGCUACCUGAAAGACCCGGAGAAGACCGCAGAGACUAUAGAUGCAGACGGAUGGCUGCACACCGGAGACAUCGGGAAGUGGCUCCCUAACGGCACGCUGAAGAUCGUCGACAGGAAGAAGCACAUUUUCAAGCUGGCCCAGGGCGAGUACAUCGCUCCUGAGAAGAUCGAGAACAUCUACACGAGGAGUGAUGCAGUGGUGCAGGUGUUUGUGCAUGGAGACAGUCUGCAGGCUUGUCUGGUAGCAGUGGUGGUCCCUGACCCCGACUUCCUGUGUAGCUGGGCCAAGAAGACGCUGAGGCUGCAGGGAAGCUACCAGGAGCUGUGUGGGAAAGCGGAGGUCAAGGCAGCCAUCUUGGAGGACAUCCUGCGGCUUGGCAAAGAGGGAGGCCUCAAGUCCUUUGAGCAGGUUAAGGCCAUCCACAUCCAUACAGAGAUGUUCUCCAUCGAGAACGGCCUGCUCACCCCAACACUGAAGGCCAAGAGGAACGAAAUGCGCCAGUACUUCAGAUCCCAGAUAGAUGAGCUGUACGCUGGGAUCAGCAUGUAGGAGGACUCAUGAGCUUCGUUUGUGUUGUGAAGAGAGAAAGAGGCGGCAAGUCUGAACAGGAAGCUCCAAGGUGUCGAGCUGGAACACAAGAAACGAGCAGAACAGGCCGACACGCAGCUCUUAGUGUUUGUCAAGCAUUUCCAAGACGGGAUCUGUGGAACACUAAACCUCACAGUCCAGAGGAGUUUUUACACAUGAAGUGCUUUCUAUGAUCAAACUUCACUACAAUACAAACAUAUGAUUUUUUAAAAUAUUUUUUAAGAUGAUUCCAAUCAGCUCCUAUGUGAAAAUUUUAAAGGGAAACAGUCUCUCCUGCUCCAUCAGGAAUCAUGGUGUGAAUAGCCACAUGUACAAACUGAUUACAAGCCAUAUAUUUAAGCUAAUGGUCCUUUUCUAUCAGCACUGACUCAGUGUGACCAGCCACAUGUUUCCCAACCCUGGUCCUCAAGCCACACUGCCCUGCAUGUUUUAGGUAUUUCCUUGCUUCAGUCCAGCUGAUUUCAAUUGAUGACUGAUUAACAGGCGUUUGUUGAACUGCAAUCAGUUGAAUCAGGCACAUUAAAGCAGGGAAACCUCUCAAACAUGUAGGACAGUGUGCCUUGAGGACCAGGGUUGGGAAACACUCGGACCCUUUGAUUUUGCUGGGGGUCCUGACUAACGUCAGGAGACUAUUAGUCACUUGUUGUUUAGGGGGUGGAGCCUCUGUUUGCAUCACAGGAGUGAUGCUCUUACGAUAAUCCGACCGCCAUUCAUUAAAACUCCCAACAGAGACAAAGUCUGACAAAAAGCCACACGUAGAGCUACACUGCUAGGUGCUAGUGGAAAAGGACCACAAGAUCUCAGCCAUUUUUAGAUCAGCAUGGUCAUCUCUGUACAUUAGAUGUACAUUUUAAACUGUUUUCACUGUUAAUGUAUGAAUAAGCUUGGUGCCUCAUGAACUAGUUCAGACACUGAGGACAACGCAGUCUGAUCUAGGUGUGUUUGGGGAACUCGGGUACCUUUGGGAACAACAUGGGAAAUCUUUGUAAUGUAUUAAUUUAUUUAUAAUAAUGAUGAGAAAAGGUUCCUGGCUAAAGGACCUUUCCUAAUGAAUGUUAAUCAGUAGGUUUUCAUUUUGUAAAAGAUUUCAUUAAAGAAAUAUUAAAAUAUCUGUGUAAACUAUU